AUGCUAUUAACGAUUAUCUUUUUGUCUCUUUUUGCUGUUUUGUUUCUUCUAGAACGAAAACGGCGCGCAAUAAGUCACGAGUUCCGACACAUUCCAGGGAUAGCGGAAGAGUAUCCAGUGAUCGGGAAUUUAUUUGCGCUCCGAAAACUCGACCCAAAUGACUUUAAACACUUGCUCGAUGUCCUUUGUCCGCAACCAAUUUGCAAGGUUACCGGAUUCGGAAGUGUUAUGUUUACCGUUAGCGAUGCCAGUUGUUGUCAAAAAAUUUUAUUAUCGCCGAAAUUCCAUCUGCGUGAUGCGACAAUUCGAUUUUUGGAGAUGGAAGCUGCUCUUUUCACAUCAAAAUACGAAAAUUGGAAGUUGAUACGAAAACCACUCAAUUUGGCGUUCAGUAAGCAGUGUAUAUUGUCGAUGUUGCCAACGAUGAAUCGGCAUGUCGAUGAACUUUGUCGCAAAAUUGAGCAAUUUACGGAGAAGAAGGAAGCAUUUGAUAUUUAUAACGUUUUGGCACACUUUGAAAUUGAUGAAAUUUGUGAAACGAUUCUCAAAAGCGAUUAUAGGUGUGACCAAAAUCUCGUCGAUAUGCUGCAAAGUUCGACAGAUAACAUUGGGAAACGUGUUUUUAAUCCAAUUUAUCAUCCAGAAUUCAUCUAUCGUCAUUCCAGCGUUGGUCGAGUCAUCAGAGGGGCUCAUGCGAUGGGCACAAAGAUCUUUAAACCGAUGAUCAUGAAGUCCAUUGACGAUACAAUCAACGGAAAUAAACGCGAUGACACGAAAUACACGGUGAUGGGACAACUUUUGAGCAUCGGACAAGAUGGAGGACGAAAAUUGACGUAUGAGGAAAUCGAGGAUAACGUAAAAACAUUCAUUACGGCGGGAUUUGAGACACAAGCUCAUGCCAUUGGAUACACGUUGUUGAUGUUAGCCUUACAUCCCGAGGUCGAAAAGAAAGUUUACCAAGAAAUUUGUGAAUUUUACUCGAACGACACGGAAAUUGAUGCUGAAAAGGUGCGCCAAAUGGAAUAUUUGGACAUGGUAGUGAAUGAAACGUUGCGAUUGUAUCCGGUAGCGCCAUUAAAUCUAAGAACAGCGAUGGAAGACACGUACAUCGAUGAUGUUGGUUUGAUACCGAAAGGUACCACAAUGUUCAUCGCCAUGUACAAACUUCAUCGAAAUCCGACAAUUUGGGGUCCAAAUGCCGAAAAAUUCGAUCCUGAAAACUUUUCUGCCGAUAAAAUGAAAGAUCGCCCUCCUUUUUCUUAUUUGCCGUUUGGCGGAGGCGCCAGAAAUUGCAUUGGCCUUCAUUACGCUCAUUAUAACUUACGAAUCACAUUGGUAAAGCUUUUGGCAAAGUUCAAGUUCACAACUGACCUGAAAUUUGAAGAUAUUUCCUUUAAAUAUGGAAUUUCGCUAAAACUAUCAUCUGGUUACAUGUUAAAAGUGCGUCAUCGAUGA